GCGGCUCCCUGCAGCCGGAGCCGCAUGACGCGCGGAGGAGGCAGCGGGAGCCGCCGGAGCCGCAGGAGCCGGGAUCAGGGCGCCGCGCGCGGGGGGUGGGCGCCGCUUGCUCCGCCCCGCGAAGCCCCUGCGCGCCCAGGGACGCGUCCCUCCCGCGGCAGCCGCGCCAGGCUCCGCCGUGUGGCCGCCGCCGCCGCCGCCGCCGCUGCCAUGUCCCCGGGGAAGCCCGGGGCGGGCGGAGCGGGGACUAGGCGGACGGGCUGGAGGAGGAGGAGGAGGAGGCGGCGGCUGGAGGCGGCGACGAGGGCGCCCGGGUUCGGGCGCACGGCGGGGCCCGACUCGCGCGUCCCGGGCACGUUUCAGGGCGCGCAGGGCAUGAAGCGGGCGGCGCGGGAGGCGCGGCCGCCUCCGCGCUCGCCGGGGCUGCGCUGGGUGCUGCCGCCGCUGCUGCUGCUGUUGCGCCUGGGCCAGAUGGUGUGCGCAGGUGACUCUUUUUCCAUCAAUACAACCAGUAUGACCACAGCAUGGGCAAACGUGAGUGGCACUGAUUCUGGGUACACGCAUGUAGAAAAGAGCAAGGUAGAGAGUGAGUGGAACACCCGGGCUGAAGAUCCAAUACGGAAUGGCACUGCAGGCUUUAAUCCAACAACUUCGAACACGUCCUUUAUCACUUCAGAAACAGUUGCCGGGACGUCAAGAGAUUCCGUGGCCAUAAAUGACACACCAGAGCCCAGUCCAGUCUCUGGUCUUCAGUAUUCCAUCGUGCGGGUGACAAAGGCUGCUCUUACCUGGGAGACUGGCAAUGGUACUUCCACCUACCGGCUGCUCCUUGAAGAUGUUGGAAGUCCUAAGGAGUUGACUCAAGACUUAGUGGCCAAUAUCUUGGGCCUGAAACCAGGGAUUCCACACAAUGUCACCCUGACACUUGCAGAACCAAAUGAACAGAGAAAGCCCUCGGUCACAGGCAGUGGCUUAGAUGCCAGCAACACAGAGGGCGCCCUCCCGCCGCCCAGGACGCCCACUGCCCUGGUGUAUGGGUACACCCUCAGUUCCACAGACCCGUCUUCUCACCAUCCUCUGACCAGAAACACGGAAGUGUGGCUCUUCGGGCUGAAGCCCAACACGCAGUACAAGGCCACCGUGUAUCCUCAAGCAGCCGGGGGUGAAGAAGGGCAACCCCAAAACGUAACUUUCAGGACGGAGGCCAGUCAAGUUUUUGACAUUGAAGUUGUGAACAUCAGUGCGACCAACAUGACCCUGACCUGGAAAAUCAACGAUGAUGAGGCGUCCUCUGUCUAUACCUAUGUGAUCCAGGUUGCUGGGGCGAUGGAUUCCUUUAACCUCAACACCAGUGAGACUUGGGUCAACAUCCCUUCACUCAAGUCAAGUACCUUGUACAACAUCACCGUGCGCCCUUUCCUUCAAAACGGUUCUGAAGGCGUGUCAGGUUUCCUCCAAGUGUACACCCCCCCUGGUCCGGUUUCUGACUUUCGAGUGACGAGUGUUAGCACGACGGCAAUUGGCUUAGCUUGGAGCAGCAAUGACUCGGAUUUCUUUAAGAUAAUUACCACAAAGAAUGGAACUGGAGAAUCUCAGGAGAACACCACCACUCACCAAAGUAUUGUCAUUGGUGGCUUAUCCCCUGGAACUAUGUAUGUUUUUGACAUAUUUCCGAUAGGACCAAAUGAGACUGAAGGGGAUCCCCAGAGAGUCUGCAAUAGCACUGACCCCAGUGUGGUCUUUGACAUCCGUGUGCUCAAUGUCACCACAACCGAAAUGGAGUUGGAGUGGCAGAAUACAGAUAAUGUUUCUGACUAUACCUACUACCUGGACAUACAGUCCAAGUACGGCUCUAACAGGACAUACAGCUCUCACAAAGCGAUCACUCUCAAGGACUUGGUUCCAGGCACCUUAUAUAACAUCACGAUCUUUCCAGAAGUGGACCACAUCGUGGGGAAUUCUGACUUCACUGCACAGUACACAAGGCCCAGCAUUGUAUCCAACAUUGAAAUAAGUACCAACACCACAGCAGCAACCUUAAUUUGGCAGAACUUUGAUAGAGAUUCCGAUAUGUACACCUACCACCUUUUUAUUAAGAAGGAUGGAAGUUCCAGCCAUGCAAGAGAACUCAUCACGGACAUCGGUGUUACCGAUGCCACCAUCACUGAGUUAAUACCUGGGUCGGUAUACAUGGUGGACAUCUUCACCCAAGUUGGGAAUGCAACCUGGUCCCUGUCACCGAGCCGGCAGUCAUUCUGUACAGAUCCCGCACCAGUAGCCUUCUUCCACUGCGAAGUGGUCCCCAAAGAGCCAACCUUGAUUCUCAAGUGGCCCUGUCCUCCUGGCGCCAACACGGGCUUCCGGCUGGAGAUCAGCAGAGGAGCUUGGGAAAAUGUGACAGACCUGGAGAACUGCUCCUCAGAGAACAGCACUGAGUACAGGACAGAAAUCACAUGUUUGAAUUUUUCUACCUCCUACAACAUCAGCGUCGCUGCCUCUUCCUGCAACAAGACGGCGUCUCCCGCCCAAAACACCUGCCUCACUGGCAUCACAGACCCCCCUUCUCCAGAUGCAUCCCCGAAUAUUACGUCCAUCAGUCACAAUUCCGUAAAGGUUGAGUUCAGUGGCUUUGAAGCCAGCCACGGACCCAUCAAAGCCUAUGCGCUGAUUCUCACCACUGGGAAUGCUGUUCAGCCAUCUGCAGAUGUUUUGAGAUACACGUAUGAGGAUUUCAAAAACGGGGCCUCAGACACUUACGUGACGUACCUCAUCACCACAGAAGAGAAGAGACGUUCUCAGGGCUUGGCUGAGGUCUUGAAAUACGAAGUCGAUGUUGGGAACGAGUCAACCACACACGGUUAUUACAACGGGAAGCUGGAACCCCUGGGCUCCUAUCGGGCUUGUGUGGCCGGCUUCACCAACAUCACCUUUAACCCUCGCAAUAAUGGACUCAUAGAUGGGCCCGAGAGCUACGUGUCCUUCAGUCCCUAUUCAGAUGCAGUGUUCUUGCCCCAGGAUCCAGGUGUCAUCUGUGGAGCAGUUUUUGGGUGCAUCUUUGGUGCCUUGGUAAUUGUGGCUGUGGGCGGCUUCAUCUUCUGGAGAAAGAAAAGGAAAGAUGCGAAGAAUAAUGAGGUAUCCUUUUCUCAAAUUAAGUAAGUCUCUGGAGUUAUGAGCUUUAUUUGAAGACAUUUAAUCCCCCAAUCUGUUCAGUAACUAUCUAGAGAAUUUUUGGUGGAAUUUGCUGUCCUUUUUUCUAACACAUUUGGCCACGAUCAUCCUGAAGUUCUUGCUAGCUUUGUUUUUCUGCAAGGAACCUGUUUAUUUGUCUCCUGAAGCUAUUAGCUUCCUUGCCAUGUUCUCCUAAGGCGAGUAAAACCUCACUUCCAUAUUCUACCAAUAAAUUUGUAUUUUGUGAUUGUUAAGGAAAAAUAAAUGGGUUAUCAAUAUCUAGGAGAGGACCUUGUUGGAAGUCACAAAGCCAAUCAGUUAUAUGAGAGGGUCUAGAAGUGAGAUUUCCUGAUUGACAUUUCAGUGGUUUGUAAAUAACAUUAUAGUGAGCCCUCCCUCCCCCAUUUAUUACUAUGGUUUUUGUUCUUUUGGGAAGAUGUUUACUAUUAUCUCUCGAGUCAUAACUGAGUCGGUGUUUCUAAUGGAUUAUUUUUUUCUUUCCCUUUCUAUGAUGAAGACCUAAAAAAUCCAAGUUAAUCAAAGUGGAGAAUUUCGAGGCCUACUUUAAGAAACAACAAGCGGACUCCAACUGUGGGUUUGCAGAAGAAUAUGAAGAUCUGAAGCUUGUUGGAAUCAGUCUACCUAAAUAUGCGGCGGAGCUGGCUGAGAAUAGAGGAAAAAAUCGCUAUAAUAACGUUCUGCCCUAUGAUAUUUCCCGUGUCAAGCUUUCUAUCCAGACACACUCAGCUGAUGACUACAUCAAUGCCAACUACAUGCCCG